UUUUCGACAGAGGGAGGGGUGUUGUGGAGAAAUGCUCGGCGGACCGUGAAGCGCUACAGCCAGAAGCAGGACAAAGACGCGCGUAGCGGGACAAGGGGGGAAACCUCCAUAACUGUGUCUUAAAGAAAAACACGAACAACUCUGGAGAGCGUGGACGGGUUAAAAGUCACAGGCUUGGGUGGAAUCGAUGCGAGGAAUGGUGGGAAACAUUUGAGCUGAGGACGGCACAGCCCCGGUUAACUUUGGAUAGUAUACUGCAGUUCGGAGGAUCCUGGCGUGGAGAGGGCACACUUCCAGAGAUGACUGCGUCUGCGCUCCUUUUCGCAGCCACUCGUGGCUGUCUUUUGUCACAAAGCCCACGAGCAGGAGGCAAAACCAAGACGGGCCAAAACACCCCGUCGGUAACAAAAGUUUAGUAAGUUAUUCGGGUCGGUCUUUGGCCGGAUCCUCGCUCGCUUGACUCGUUCCGAUCCUAAUGAGCUCGUCGCAGGCGUCAAACCUCCCCCAAGCAUGAGAUGCCAGCGCAGCUCGCUGGCGCUUCUGCUGUGGCUGCUGGUGGCUUUGGACGCGCAGCUCAUAUGCUGGCAGGCGAUCCUCAAGUGCCACGACGAGCCCGAGUGCGAGCUCGCCUACGGCCAGUACUUGGCGGCGUGCGAGGGGAACAUCCGCGGCACACGGAGGCAGUGCCCGAGCCACUGCAUCCAGGCGCUCAUCCGGCUCAACAGCACCCGCAGCGGGCCGGACCUGGAGACCUGCGACUGCGUGCAGGACCCGGACUGCCUCGGCGCCAAGCGCGGCGUGGAGCCGUGCCUGCCCCGCAGACACCCGAGCGACGCGGGGGGCAUCGGCUGCAUGGAGGCGCGCCAGCGGUGCGAGGAGGACAGCGGCUGCCACGCCUCCCUGGCCGCCUACCUGGCCUACUGCGGCCAGCUGUUCAACGGCAGGAGGUGCUCGUCCAGGUGCAAGGCCACCAUCCAGCAGAUGCUCUUCAUCCCCAACGGCAUGCUGCUGAACCGGUGCGUCUGUGACGGCGUGGAGAGGCCCUUCUGCGAGGUGGUCAAGGAGAACAUGAGCAAGCUGUGCUCCAUCGGGGACCACAGUGUCGCUUCCGAUCAGCCUGACGCCGACGACAACUACGAAGAUGAGGAUUACGAUCCCAGAGCUGACAGAGAGGAGAAUUACGCUGACAACUCCUCGGCUUGCCGGAGGUUACCGGGCUUCACGAUGCUUGUGUUUAUAUGGAUAUUACUCUGAGGAGACGGAUAACCCGCUGGGAUGUUUGGAUCCAGGAACGGAAAGGCUUUUCUUUUGAGGAAGGUGAUGGAGGAUACUGCUGGGCCUCUUUACUCUGACAUGGCGCACAGGAGCUGCCUGCUCUCAGGGGGCCUCCUCAGAGCCAAGGUCUGCUGUCAGGAACACCUUAACCAUUUUCCUUUUAGGUGAAGGGAAAUGGCCUGAAGGAGACCUUGCUCUGAGCGUUUUAAAAGUGCCUUGAAAGCGUCCUGGUGUAUUUGGAGAGCUUUCACUGCUUCUUAAAGGGUGGCUUUAUUAAGACUUUAGGCAAACACUGGAGCCAUCCAGCCUCUGUUUGCUCUCCUCUCCAUUGCAGAGGCCUUAGCAUUGUUGCAGUAACCACACUACAAAUAAUUGUGGGAACCCGUCAGAGGACAGGCGAGGGUGUGGGUUCGACUACUUUAGAUUGACUGAACUGCUUUCCUGCCACUUCUGCCUGUUCCCCUCCCCCAUCCAAGAUUGUUUUAUUGAACUCUUCCUGACUUCUCCCCCCCCCCCACCCCUCUCUUCCUCCCCUCUGCAGCCUGGACCCCCUAAAAGCCUUUAAAAGCACCCCCCCGUCCUUAUUAUUGCUUUUUCACACUGCCCCGACACUUUGAGAAAACCUGUCAGCUGCCAGCCAGCAUGGGCGAACGUGAAAUGUCUGCAGUUUGUCCACAGCAUGCCUCGUGUAAAAGAGGUCCACCUGUUCUGUUGCUGCUUUUCUUCCUGUUUUAAAGUCACCGGUGUUAAAAAAAAAAAACACGUUGCUAAGGUCAACAGGCAGAAGUGAACAAAACAUGCUUUAAUCCUCGGUGGCUCCUUCGUUUUGUGCACCAACUGGGUCCCUUUGACAAAAAAAUGCUCUUUUAAAACUUGCCUUAGAAAUAAAAAAAAAACUUCCUAAUUUCUUUAGUGCUUCCCUCAGCAUACAUAACAAAUAUUCAUCAUUUGUUUUUUUACUUUAAGCCCUUAAGAGUCAAUUUUAGCGAUUAGUGUCUUAUCCUGUUUUUUUUUUUUUUUUUUUAGCUUUAACGCUGAUUUUUUCUUUUUUUUCUUUUGUUGUUGUUAAAAGUCAUCAGAAAGUAAAUUUAUUUCAACCUAAUUUGUAUAUUCAUAGUAUAUCAAUAGUAUUAUUACUUUUUGGAAAAUAAUAAAACCUGAAAUACUUAAGUCAUUUAAACAGGGGUGGUAAACACUCACAAUAGUUAUCAAAAUACGUUUGUGAUUUAUUCAUUUUGAAGGGCAGACAGCAUGCUGAAGAGACACUCUCUCUCUCUUUAGUUUAAAAGGCAAGCUUUGGAAAAAUAAAAGAUAAUUCCCCUUAAAUGUCACAACCGGACCACAAUUUUAUUCCAAUUGUAGCAACACAGCCAAAGUUAACGCAAACCUAAAAUUCAAAUAAGACGUCAAGGGACCCCGGCGGGGUUAAAUGUGUGUUUCCGUGUCACAUAUAAUGAUAUUUUUGUUGAAUUUUUGUCACCGGUUUUCUUUCUAGACAUCUGAAACAGAGAAAGCACAAACCAGAGACUGUUGCCUGCACGGAUUCAUCGUGAGAUUUAUUGCCUUAAAACAUGUGCCUUGAAUUAUUUUACUGUGCUUGUUUUAGACGGAGUGAAUUAGCCACACACCACAUUUAAACUGAGGUGCUAAUGUUACCCAUUUAAAUGUCUGCACCAAUAGAACAAGUGAUUCAAACCAGCAGUUUCAUUUUUUUUCCCACGCUCAUCCCUUUUCUCGUCCGCCUGUUUGAUCGAUGAAGGGAAAGUUACAGUAGGGCUGUUGCUUUUGCCACUUGAAAUUAAAUCUUGAACUAUGGUUUUCACUGUUAAAUUAUGAAGCUAGGAUAUGAAGAAUGUGUAUCUCUAUUUUACAGUGAAGUGCAGUAAAAUAAGUUUCACCUAAAUCCGCUGGAAGGCACAGAUGUAGAGCAGAUUCAGUGCAAGAAUAAGCAAGACAGGAUUACGUCUUGCGUUGUUUUGGUUUUUUUAGAAACGUAGCAAUAACUUGAGUUCAGAGAAAGCUCCGCCAUACAGAGGUUUUACAAUAAAAAUGUUUAUGACGUAA